CGGAACUUUCAUAAUAGUACAUCUACAGCAAGCUGUGGACUAAGAAGUUAGAGAAUAAGUUAAAGUGGUUAUUUCUUAUAUAAAAAAAAAGUUACCUCCAGCUUCAACAUGGUUAAUCUGGGGCUCACCAAAGUGGACGACGCGUUGGUGGCCAAACAUCCGGGUUUGGAGAGCUACGCCGCCUGUCAGUCUCAUGCUUUCAUGAAGGGGUCUGGGACCUUUGUGCUGGGUGUUGCAGGUUUUUUUGCUAUUCAGAAGGCCCUACAGAGGAAGCUUCCUUAUCCCCUUCAGUGGAACCUGCUCAUUUCAAUAGUGGCAUCAUCAGUGGGCAGUUACGCAGUGACUCGCUGGGAAACGCAGAAAUGCUCAGACCUCUGGUUGCUCCUAGAAACAGGCAAAGUCCCAGACAGGUCACCACCUCCAGUACCCCAACAAGAGGAACCAACAGCACCACAGAAGACAAAAUAUGGUGACGUGAUUGAAUGAAGAAGUUUCAAACACAUUUUUAUUAUCUACAAUAUAAAGAUUAUAAAUAUGUAAAGAGAAAGAGCUCAGUGGUGCUCUGCACAUUUUGCAUGGCCCACAUGAUUGUGUAUUAUAUUUAUUCUGGUUGUGGAGCUCUUAAAUUUCAUAACAGUAUCAAUGUGUGGAUUAAAAAAAACAAACCCUGGGUUUUCCUGACUCAGAGGUCAGGAAUUAGUUGUGGAUUUUUAGUAGGAAUUAGAUGUAAUGCUUGUAAUCCGGUGUUGUUGUUAUUAACAGGGUUCGUACGGGUGCUUGAAACCUUGAAAAUGCUUGAAUUUUAAUGUUGUCUUUUCAAGGUUUGAAAA